GCCAGUCCAGGCAGGGCUACCUUGUCGACUCGUUCGCGCGGCCGUUCGAGGGCAACGAGGUCUGGAGGCGCGCCCUGGGCCCGCUCGCCGCCGCGGAGCCGCGCGCGGCCGAGGAGGCCGCGCCCGAGGCCGUGGCCCUGCCGGGCGAGGUCCCCGGGCCGGCGUCCAGGACGAAGGCCCUGCAGGAGGCGGCCGAGCUCCGCGCCCAGAAG